AAAAAAUGCAUCAUCAGGUCAACUCUAAACUCUCAGCUGGUCUCUUUCUCAUUCUGUCUCAGCAGCUGAUACAAAACCAGAGCUCUCAUCUGCUUCAUGUUUCUGUCCUCAGGUUCCCAACAUGCCUCGGGGUUGGAGGUUGAGGUGUAUGAGGGGGUAGAGUCUGUCCUGCUGCCCUGUGAGGUACCGGGUAUUCCCAGUGACACCACAGCAGCAGUGUGGGACUGCAAGGACCUCAACAUCCAAACAGUCCAUGUGCGUCUACGGAGCGGUGACAGAUUUGAAGAUCAGAACAUUCAUUACGCCAACCGAACAUCAAUGAGAGCUGACGCUCUGCAGACUGGAAACCUCAGCCUCACUCUGAGGAACCCCACAGUCUCUGAUAGUGGAACCUACACCUGCAUCACCCGAAUCUUUGGACGAGAUGAUAAACAGAUCUAUGUACAACUGAAGGUCACAGAACGUCCUCCUCCUCCUCCUGUCUGGCCCAAGGUUCUACCAGCUGUCCUGGUUCCUGUGGUUCUCUUGGCUGCUGCCUUUGGUGUCUUCAUGUAUCCCAGAUAUAAAAUGAUGAAGAUGAGAAAAGAUUACCCUUUGGAGAUGGUGGAGGUGACAGAGGUGGAGGAGUCGGUCCUGCUGCUGUUUAAAAUCAAUGAAGAAGAUGAUCUUCCUCAGGAUGUCAAAGUGGAGUGGAAACACCAAAACAUGAUGGUCCAUGUGUAUCAGAACAAUGAACACCUGCAUCUCUUACAGGACCAGGAUUACAGAGACCGCACAGAGAUGAAUGAAGAUCCUCUGAGAAAUAAAGACUUCAGUCUGAAACUGAAAGACCCCCAACUUAGUGACCAUGGUGGCUACACCUGCACCAUCUACAACAAGGGUGGAUACAUCCUGCUACACAAAGUAGUCUCAUUAAAUGUCACAGGCAGAGAUGGUGGAGGUGACAGAUGGGGAGGAGUCGGUCCUGCUGCCGUUUAA